AUGGUAUCGGUUCAAAAUAAGAAUAAUUUGAUUGCUGCGGCUCUUCGAGCGUUAUUGGGUAAUCCCGUGACAUUGAAAGGAAAUGCUGAACCAGUCAAUAUCCUCCAACUAUAUCCAUCCGUUGUUCCGUCGAUAAAUGCUCAAACAUACCGCGAAUGUCAGCAAAUAUUUGUGGAAAUUCGUUCUGAUAAACGCAUUACAUUUGACGUAGAACCAACAACUACUAGGUUACUUCUAGAUGGAUACAAACUACUACAAGACGAUAGGACCUUAUCCGACUAUUACAUUAAAACAGAUUCCACAUUGUAUCUUCAAGCGAGAAUACCAAACACAUUCGUUGUUUUUGUCAAAACACUGACGGGAAAAACUCUUACUGUUAAUGCUCAACCGUCUGAUACAAUUGAAAAUGUUAAACACAAAAUUCAAGAUUUAGAAGGUAUACCAUCUGAUCAACAGAGAUUAAUUUUUGCCGGGAAGCAGCUUGAAGAUGGUAGAACACUGAGCGACUAUAAUAUUCAAGAAGAGAGUACGCUACACUUGAUCUUACGUUUGAGAGGUGGUUACGCCAUAAACGUACAAACUCUAGCAAAUAAAUCAAUUGAUGUUGGAAUUAGCGAGACAGGUACUGUU